GCGAGGUCUCCAACAUCAAUUCGGAGUUUGGCCGGCCGACCUGUCGAUCAUGAAGCUGUCGACCCUUAAUUGCUGUAAUAAUUUACAAUAAUUUACAAGAUUGUGGUAUUUUUUUUCGAUCCAUCAGUUGAAAGAAAGUCGUAAACAAAAGGAAUUCACAAAACAAGAUGAAUGCACCUCCGACCUUUGAAUCAUUCUUGUUAUAUGAAGGAGAAAAGAAGAUAAUAAAGGAACAAGAUACAAAAGUGCCCAAUGCUGCUAUCUUUACAAUCAACAAAGAGGAUCAUACUUUGGGAAACAUGAUUCGCAAUCAAUUACUAAAGGAUCCUCAAGUAUUAUUUGCUGGCUACAAAGUUCCUCAUCCGCUAGAACAUAAGUUUGUUAUUAGGAUACAAACAACAUCGGAUUAUACUCCACAUGAAGCCUUUAUGCAUGCUAUUACUGAUUUAAUUGCGGAACUUUCACUGUUUGAAGAACGUUUUAAGGAGGCGAUUAAAGAGAAGAAGGAAGGUUUAGAUUGAAAUAAAAAAGGUGGAAGUUUUCUACAAACAGAAAAUUUAUCAAACUUUUUUCAUCCAAUACUUGAUUCCUUAAAUCCAUAUAAUGCAUCUAUUAAAUACAUGACAAAUACAUUUUGUAUAAUAAUUGUAAAUAAAUAAUAAUUGUACUAAGCAUUUGUGUGUGUGUGUGUGUGUGAAUUUAAAAGCUAUGUUCAUAACUAUGAAAAUUAAUAUCGUGAAUUAAUAUAUAAUAACUGAUGUUUAAGUUAAAUUUGAGAUUUUAUGUAUUACCACAGUGGUAUUACAUUACGUUAUAUAUUUUUAUUUCAAAUAUAUGUAAAAUUAUAUAUUAUUACAUUGAGGUCGCAUCUACAGAAAUUAAAUAUGAUUUUGGUUUAUUGCUUACGAUUUAAUAAGGCUUAUUUCUAUAAAUGUAAGGCUAACAAGCUAUGAAUAUGGGCCUUAACAUCGGCAGGAAAUUGAAAAUAUUUAUUUUCUUCUCUAGUAGUAAGUUGUAAUGAUAAAUUGCAAAAUGUGAGAUAUUUAUUAGACAAAAAAUAAAAAACUUAUUGUAUUUAUA